AUGGACAGGAAACUGCGGUUCCUGUGCCUUCAUGGCUAUCUACAGAACUCUGAGAUGUUCCGAGGAAAGAUGGGCAGCUGGCGAAAGGGGCUGAAGUCUCGAGUGGAGUUUGUGUUUAUUGAUGCACCCCACGUGGCAUUUGAUGCAGACAAUGGCACUGCCGCAGAGUGUGGUGGGAGGCCUGGUGGCAAGUCGUGGUGGCUCUGGACAGACACAGCCUCCACAGCCCGGCCAUCCAAGUCUGCACACUACACAGGGUGGGAGCCGUCUGCCGUGGCCAUACAACUGGGGCUACAGGAGCACUGGCCUGUUGAUGGGCUACUAGGUUUCUCGCAGGGCGCCACAGCGAUCGCACUGUUCCUGGCGUGGGUGAAGACUCGAGGCAUCGAAUUGCAACUACCACCCUGUGCAAUCUUGGUGGGAGGUUUUCUUCCCAGGGACCCUCACUUUGCCAAGCUUGUGCAAGAUGCGAAGCCGGCAAUAUCUGCUCUGUUCAUGUCAGGCCUAAAAGACACUCUGGUCGAGCCCUUCAGGAGUGAGCAGCUCAUGUCUUCAUUCGAUCCCAGUGCCCAGUUGCAGAUCUACCACCAUGACGGUGCCCACAUGAUGCCCACAUGCACAGGCAGCGUGAAACAGGAGGUCGUCGAUUUUCUAAUGUCUGCCAUCCCUAAGACACAACAAAACGGCGCACAAGAACCACAGCAAUAG